CCCUUUAUAUACCACGUCUCACGGCAUCCCCCUAUCUCCAACCCGCCCGGGUCACACAACCCCCAGCAUCCACGAUGCUGAGGUUACAUCGGAAGUCCCCGUGAAGAGCAGCGAUAAGCAGAUUGGGCAGAAUCAGCAAUCCAAACACAUGCAGGUCCCAGCAGAAAUGCCGAUCACCGGUGGAGAGGGGGCGGCCAAGCUGGCAGAUGCAGAAAGCGUGCAGAUCCAGGCCGCUUAUUCGACCGAGACAAGUGACGGGUUGGCGGGCUAUCAGGGAGUCCGGAAUCUCUCCUCCAAUGAGCGCCGACACUGCCGAGCACGGUGUCUAUCUGGCUGAUCUCGAUGGGCUGCGAAUGCGGGGAGGACCAGGUACUAGGGCCGUUUCUCGACUGCUUUUCGCCCACCUUACAUGGCUAGUAGGCUCAGGCGAUGUGAAUAUUGUGGGUAGAUUCGAAAUGCAUCCGCACGCAGAACCAACCAAGUCGGUAUGUCUGGACAUGUUUUCCUGUCGGGUUUUCAACUGGCAAUCUGUUUCCAUGAGCGUAGGGGAUCUCCGACCGCCAAUAACGAGAGGCUCCACCGUCGGCCUUUCCCCGUCGGAAUCCGCACACGGCCCGGUCCUCCCCCUCCUUCAUACUUCACGACAAUCAGAUGGUGGUUUCAUUUAUCUAUAUUCGAUAGGGUGCAGCUCACCUCCGUCUCUGGUCUUGAUAAUGCAUCGGAGAGCUCCUUUGCAGCCAGCCAGCCAGCCAGUCCAACGCCAUCGCGCUGCUAUGUUUGUCGUCUCUGCCGUCCCAAUCUAUCUCUUCUCGUCUUUCCUCCAGUCGGGGAGGCGCGGUGUAUCAUGGUAAUAUAAGCAGCCAGGUUGACUGGCUACGAAAUCACCGAGGAGGGUGGUGGAUGGCGAAAGAUCGUUAAGGACAUACCG